AUGACUACAAUGACCGAGGCCGUAGCACCCUCCGUUCCGGCUGCCGCAGCCAAGAAGAAGUUUGCGACCCCUCCCGUUAAGAUCGCCUGCCUCUCCUGCCGAGCUUCACGAACACGAUGUGAUGGAUCGAGCCCAUGUGCUAGUUGCAAAAGUAGAGGACGCGAAUGCGUCUACAAGCCCAGUAGGAGAGGCGGCGCUCGUGUGAGGCGGAAGCCAAGACCCGUCGAUGAGCUCGCCCAGCAGAACCCAGCUUUCGCAGGCGAGAUCCCACCCGAUGAGGCCACGCCGCAAGAUCCCAUUUCUGUCCAGAACUACAUCGAUCCUGGCGCAGGCUUGAAGCAGCUUCAGGACUUCUUCCAAGAUAGCGAUUUCAUCUUUGAUACUCUGUUCAUGUCUGGCGUACCCGGAAGCACAAGCGGUGAGAGCGCUUCUGAGGCCUCCUUCACCUUCCCGACUCCCCAGAUUCCGGUUGCAAGAACAUAUAAAAGCGACCAGGCCAUUCUCGAUGCGUAUUAUAUCUUCAUCCACCCAUUCUUCCCAAUUCUGCCUGCGCCAGCCGGCCUGCCCCUAGACCAGGCCGUGCCACACUUCCAAAAUGAUACGGACGGUUUUCAAGACGAAUACCAACCCUCGACAGCAAUCAGCUUGGCCAUUUCUGCCAUUCUAGCACUGAUACCAUGCUCCAAUGAUACCAAUCAUAUGAGCAAGGAGUCAGUUGUAUUCCGAAGAAGAUAUGCCCAGUACCUGGCCCAGUGCGCCAUCGAGAGCAUCGAAAUCGAAUCAGAGCUUCCCGAUUCUUCCAUAGAACCGCCAAAGGCUCUCAACGAGUCCCCAGAUGACUUCCCCAGACAGCAGUUUCAUCCCGAGGUCCCAGUAGAGCUAGAGAGUAUCAUUGCUUUGGACAUCCUCAGCGUUUAUGAAUAUGCGCAAAGGGGCAACCUUAAGAAGAUGCAGGCCAGGGCAGGCCAGGCUUUGGUUUCCGCCAUGUCGCUGGGGCUUCAUACCUACACCGGCGAUGACCUGUUUGCUGAAGCUAAAAGAAGAGUCUGGUGGAUGACGGUGCGUUUGUGUAUAUCUGCGUUUGCCAAGGGUCCAUCGUCAGCAAUUCCGUGGGUACUAUCCUGUAUAUCUCGUGAAGCAAGUACUGACGCUAGGGAGGAGCCGACCUUUUCAGUGUUUACUCCGAGUUACACUACCAAGUAUCCGGCGGUGCAAUCCGAUCCUGACGCCUUCGCGGUGUACAUUCAAGCUCAGCAAGCCAUCCUGUCAGCAACACAAUUUGUUAUCGAGCUGAACAAGACUGUUAAGAGCGGUGGCGACAUGACACGUAUCUACUCGAGGAUGAAGGACAUGGAACAGUACCUGGAGCCCCUCAACGCAGUCGCCGAUUCUUGGAUAUUGCAGUCAACAACGACCACACCCGUCGACUCCACGGAAGAGGUUCUCUCUCGUUCGCUAAGAUGCAUGGCUCGCAUUAAGUUGAACAGUGCGCGAAUCAAGAUUCACCGAUACUGCGCUUUCUUUGACAUGCCUGUGUUCUCGGGAAAGCAUUGCGACCUCAGGUCCAAGUCAGACAAUGAUGGCAGCAUGGAGCCGAAGUCUUGGCCAUCCUGCUCCUGCAGCUCAAUGAUGACCUUGCCGUCACCGCCGAUGCCUGGAUCAAACGGAACAUCUUCGCCACCCCACUCGGGAAAGAGAUCUCCUCACUCCGAUCACUCACCAACCAAUGGAAACCCAAUCUCUGCGUUUCCGUUCAGCAGCCACCAAUCGGCCAAGAUCUGUCUGAAGGCAGCUAUCAACAUAGCACAAUCGUUCGAUGACCUCCCAUACCCCAACCCCUUUGGCCAGCUAUGCCCUGCACCUUGUUAUCUCUCGCCCACUUCGACGAUUGUAUGUCCGAGGACCAUGCCUUCGUUUGCCUGCUGUGCAAUGCAAUGCGCUUACGCGUUGUUAAUGGUCAAUCACAAGACCAAGGCCAUGUAUCCGGAGAACGCAAUAGCAACCCCAAUGGUGGAAAGCCUCCUGCUUCGCCUGCAAACGGGCUUGGCUUCUAUCUCUGCAACCCUGGAGAAUUAUGCAAUGGCCUUUGAGGCGCUCGGCGGGAUGCGCGACCAAAUUCGGAGUGUCAUUGAACCCACUAUGAUGUUUGAUCCUACGAUCUAG